AUGUGCGACAAUGUGAAGGAGAAUCCGUUCGCCGGGUUGUUCUCGUCGGUCAACGAUGCAGUCUUGUUCUCCUCUCAAGCGAACCAGGCGAACGACGAUGAGAGCAAUAAUACUGAUUACACGGAACGAUCGUCGUCGGAUGUAAUCAAGGAUGAUUCCUACAACGCAACGGACACGAAAACCUCAGAUGUCAAAGGCAAAAUUGACCAGCUGAUGGCAGAUGUGUUCGGCUUAGCGUUGGGUUCAGAGAGCAACGACGUUCAGAGAACCCUGAUUUUCAUCGAUACCGACUCGAUCGAGCACGCCGUUUUCGAGCGUUUGAUGCUGCCAAAUCCCAAAGCUAAGGUGAUGCAUCAAAACAACUGCAAGGUUUCCCUCGACAGUCAUGUCACUCAGGUUCAGGUUAUAUUUUAUCUCUAUGAGAGUUACUGUCGUCUGAAGAAGUACCGUAUGAAGAACGGUGUGGAAGAUGUCAUCAGGGAUGCCUGCCAAAUUGUGCUGAGAAAUGCCAACACAGCUCUACAGGAGCCAGAUUUGUUUCAGAAUCAGAAGGUUCAUGAUCAGCUUAUUGCUUUAUUCACGGAUGACGAUAUAUUAAAGACAGAAUUGCCUAUAUUUGUCAUCGACAUAAUAGAAGAAUCGAUAGCAGCAAACGAAGACAGCGAUAUAGACGAUGUGAUUGCGGUGUCGUUCUCACCUGUUCUUGAUAUCAUUCACAAAGACGUGGCGCGGAGUAAUCUGUUCACCUAUCAAAACGAGUGGUUCACCUUACUGCAUGUGUUUUCCUCUAUUGAAUCGUUGGCGAAGCUGAUCAUUCGUCACAGCACACCGAAAAGUAUCCAAGGUUGCGCGUAUUCAGACACGUUACUAGGCGCCCUCUUUUGUAUAAGCUGCCUGCCGAAAACGGCACAGGCGCCGUAUGAUCUUUUCGAUAAUCCUCUCCGUCAAUCGAACAGUGCCAUAGAAAGCAACAUAUGGUCGGCUAUGGAUAUUUUGAGCGAACAAAUGCACAGGGUUUUCCAUUCCUUGCUGAAGUGUUCAUCGGAGACACGACACUUGACUCUGCAGUGGUUGAGUAACUGCCUCCACGCGAACGCAAACAGGGGAAAGCUGUGGAACUCUCACACCAGCAUGGGAUUCGGCGCGAUACUGUGCGUCUCCGAUGGUUUCAUGCUAAAUAUGGGCAAUGUAUUGCUACGCCUUUGUCAACCGUUCUGCAAGCUGAAAGACGACAGAGUACCGAAGAUAGAUCCUACGUACUGCGGCGCUGAGGCGAAAGAUGAAGCCGAAGCUCUGCAACGUGGUGUACAUAUGAAAGGACUUAGCUCCGAGACGUGUUUGAUACCGACUCCAGAGAGCGAGACUCGACCGGUAGCGGACUCAUUUGGCUUCAUAACCGAAUGCUUCUUCCUCACGCAUCGUGCGUUAGAUCUUGGCUACAGAGUUAUACUUGAUAAAUUCACAAGGACGAAUCAGGAUCUGGCUAGGAUACAGAGGACUUACAAUGAUGCCCGAACCGGUGGCAGUCCCGAGGUGCUGGAACUUAUAACGGAACGAAUGGAGAGCGAAAUGACGAAAUAUUUGUCGCUCAAAGCGAGCCUCCUGGUGUCAGAGAUGUUGCAACACUUGGCGAGAUUUCACGCGAUGACGGCGUUUUGGCUGAUACAAGUUAACUUGUACGACGUGAGCGACGAGGAGGACAGGCAGAGUUUCGCGCCGAUAGAAUACAAAUCCGUUACAUUCCCGCUGUCAGAAACUGUUCCUACUACACUGAGGUGCAUUCCCGAGUUCGUGGUGGAAAAUACCAUCGAGUUCUUGUGUUUCAUACGUCGCCUGAAUCCGGACACGUUUGAGGAAGAAGGUCAGAGCUUCCUGAAUCCGAUCUUGACGGAGCUUAUAGUUCUGAUGGAGUCCCAGCAUCGCUUGUACAAUCCUCAUCUACGUGCGCGUUUGGCCGAAGGCUUGGAGGCACUUUUACCUACGAGAGACGAGACCCCAGGCUCGGUAUCGCCGGACUUAGGAGCAUAUCAUAGGAGAAAACUGUUCGUUACUCAUCCUCAUAGGCAACAGAUAGUCGUCAAUUUGCUGCACGUAUUCGUGAGCAUCGAGAUGACCGGGCAGAGCGUGCAGUUCGAGCAGAAGUUCAAUUAUCGUCGCCCGAUGUACACAGUGAUGGAUUAUCUGUGGAAGAUUCCCGAACACCGCAAUAAUUUUGUUGCUUUAGCUCAAGAAGCGGAGGGCAGCAUGGAAGCGGUUCAACCACCACUGUUUUUACGUUUCAUCAAUCUAUUAAUGAACGACGCUGUAUUCCUUUUAGACGAAGCUCUAUCGAAUAUGGCACAGCUGAGACAGAUGCUUCAAGCUAGGGAGAACGAGGAAUGGGAUGAAAUGCCGGCGAAUGAGCGCGACCAACAAGCCGGCUAUCUCCAACACAUCGGUAUGAUCGCCCGCUUCGACAACAUAUUAGGCAGGAAGACCAUACAGACGAUAAAAAUGUUGACCAGUGAAAUCAAGUCGAUCUUUUGCCAUCCGACCAUGGUGGAUCGUAUCGCUUCUAUGCUCAAUUAUUUACUGCUGCAAUUAGUGGGACCGAAUAAGAAGAAUCUGAAGGUGAACGAUCAGAAGGAAUAUGGGUUUAACCCGGCGGACUUGGUGUUAAACAUAUGCAAAAUUUAUAUCAAUCUGAGUAAAAGCGAAAGCUUCACGCUGGCAGUGUCGCAAGAUGGACGUUCCUACAGUCCGGAACUUUUCAAGCUCGCCGAUAACGUGCUCGUUCGUAUCGGUGGUGUCAGCAUCUUGGGAGACCUGGAUCAAUUUGCGAAGAGCGUGGAGAAAGCCGCGAAUCAAAAGCGAGAAGAGGAUGAAAUUCUGACGGGUGUUCCCGACGAAUUCCUCGACCCAAUUAUGUCGACCGUCAUGGCGGAUCCUGUGAUUCUGCCGUCCUCGCGAAUAACCAUCGAUCGGCAAACCAUAGCGAGGCAUUUGCUGAGCGAUCAAACUGAUCCUUUCAAUCGCUCGCCGCUUACUAUGGACAUGGUGAAGCCGGACAUAGAACUUCAACGAAAGAUACAGGAUUGGAUCUCGCGAAAGAAACAAGAGAAAACGCAAGGCAUUGAUUCGUAAUUGUUAUAUUAUUAGUAUAAUACACU